UUACCAAUUUUCAGCCAAGCGGCCCCUAGAGAAGAAAAGUCCCCGGAUGAGAAAUCAGAAAUGAAUGACGUCAUUGAUUCUAGUGUACAGAAGUUAGUGACGUUCACCACAGAUACCAAAUGUUUGUAAUUUUUGAUAAAAAAUACUGGACCUUUUCUGACUGUUUACUCUUGUACAUAUGAUCAUUCAAGGUUUCAAAGAUGGAUGAUGAUUGGGACAAUUACAUCGCUUCAAAGAAGAAAAUAAAAACUCCCCCUCCCCAAAAGAAUACAUUUCAAAGAGAAUUAGAUGCAAAGAUGAAAGACCGACGUGCACGUGGACUUACUACAGACCUAACAGAAGAUGAGAGUGAUGAUGGACUGGGAAGUGAUAAUGAGCUUUUAUCUGGUUUCAACAUGACUCAAAAAUCGGCAGCUAAACCAUGGACACCACCAAACUUACGCAAGAAAAAUGAAAUGAACGAUUCACGCAAAUCACCAUCCAUGGUUGAACAUGGUAACAAAAAUAGAAAGUCUCCCCUUGAUCCGAAGAUGAACGGUGAUAAAGGUAGUAAAGUUCCUACAAAAGAGGAACUUUUAUUUGGAACAUCUACUAGGAAAUCACUUGGAGAUGACGACGAUGACUACCUAAGUUCUUAUAGGAAGAAACAGCAAACACCCAGUCCGAGAAACAAGCAGCUUGACCCACUUGGGGGUGAAAGCCAGCAAAGGAAACCAUGGACUCCUCCCACCAUGAGGAAGAACCAAGCACAAGAAGAUGACAAGGAGAAUGAACCAAAAACAAGAUUUGGCAGAAAAUCUCCUCAUCCGUUAGAUGAAGAAAGGCCAAAACCAUCACCACGACAACGUAAAUCUUCAACAGAGGAAGUCGAGAAGCCAUCAAGAUUUAAAAGCAGAGAUAAAUCUCCACUGUCUGGUCGGCCUAAACCAAAGGCACGAGGUACUCCAACAAAAGGUCGUCUUGGUCGAAAUGAAGAUGAUUCAGAAGAAGAACUAGAAAAACUUACCAAGCCUCGUCCUAAAGCUAGGGGAACACCAACAACUGAUAUAUUUGGCACAAGCCGUAAGAAGAGUUAUUUUGAUGAUGAGGAUGAGGAUGUUGAUAAUGAAGAUGAUAAGAAGAAAAGUAAGAAUAGAGGAAGUCCAACUGGGAGGAAAACACCUACUGGGAAAGCAAGGCCAGUGACACCAAAAUCAAAAACAGACAAUGAGAAAUCAAAAAAAGAUGGAAAAAAGACACCAGAACCCAAAAAAUCUUCAUUAUUUGAUUUUCUCGAUGAUGAUAAACCUAAACCAAAACAACGAAAGAAGAAGUCCAUAUUUGAUGAAGAUUCACAAGAUGAAGAUGAUCGUAGAGGAAGAAGUCCAUUUGGAGAAAAAUCUAGAAAAAGUCCAUUUGAUGAACGAUCAAGAAAAAGCCCAUUUGAUGAACGAUCAAGAAAAAGUCCAUUUGAAGAGAGAUUAAGAUCAAAAGAUAUUGACUUUGAUGAAAGAAGGGGAAAGGGUAGAAAAUCUCCAUUAGAUGAAAGGAAAUCUCGUUUUAGACAAGAUGAUUCAGAGGAAGAGGAAACUGAACUGAGACAACAAAAACAUCGAUUCGGAGGACCGCCAAAACUCAGAACUCAAUCUCGAAAUCAAGAAGAUGAAGAUGAAAAUGAAGAUGACUAUAGACCUAAACCACAUGCCAGAGGGCCACCUAAGCUUAGAAAAAAUAGAUACUCUGAUGAUGAUGAUGAGAUGUUUGACAAUCAUAAAGAGAAAGGUCGACACAGGCCACGUUCUCGAGGGGACGAAAGAGACGAUCGGGAAAGUUCAGUCUGCAGAGAUGUAACCAGGGACCCUGAUAAGAAAGACAGAAGAGACUCUGAGGAAGAGACUAACAGGGAACCAGGACAACAAAGAAAGCCAACUAAGCAGCGUAAGGAGAAGCAAAUGUAUGAUGACAUCAUAGAUAAGAUAGCUGAUGCACAGGCUGAUGAAAAGACAAUGCAGUUUAUAGACCCGGAUGAAGAACAAAAACAGAAAAGCAAUAAAUCAAAAACAGGUGCAACAAAAGUUAAACCAACAGCACGAUAUGGAACUCCUAAUAAAGAAGACAAUUCACCAAAGUUCACUGACACAACAUCAAUUAGGCAAACGAUUUAUGAUGAGUGGAAGAAGGAGAGACUGGAAAAGGCGAAAAAAGAUAAGAUUGAGAAACUGAAGAAAGAGAAGGAGGAAGAGGAAAAGAAGAGAAAGGAUGCUGAGGAUAAGCUACUUGAAUCCAAGGCUUCCUACAAUGCCUGGCAUGAGAGCAAGAAAGGCUGUCUUAGUGAUAAGAGGAAACAAAUGUUGAAAGCUGAGCAAAAGAAAAAGAAAGAAGCUGAAGAUUUGGUAGAGAAAAAGAAAGAAGCUGAUUUGUCAUACCGUAGCUGGAAGGAAAACAAGGAUGCUGUUAUCAAGGAAAGAGAGAAAAAGAAGAGACGUGAAGAACUGAAGAAGGUACAAGCUGAAGAGGAAAAAAAGACAGAGCAGAAGAAAGAUGCUGAGUCCUCAUUCGUUGGAUGGAAGAAGAAAAAAGACACUGUGAUCCUGAGGAAUACAGUAGAUCUAGAGAAAACGCAGAAGUUAGAGGAGAGAGAGAAAAAGAGAGAAGAAAGGAGAAAAGAAAGAGAAGCAAGUGAACAGUAUGAACAAUGGUUGGAGAAAAAGGAAAGGGACCAGUUAGAGAACAGGAGAAAACAAAGACAAAGAGAGC